GUGGCGCUGUACUUCACCCGCAAGGAGUGGGAGCUGUUGGGAGAUGGAGACAAGGCACUUUACCGGGACCAGAUGCUGAGGAAUUACCAAGCCCUUGUUUCCCUGGGUAAAAUUCAGUUUCUUUCUUCUUGCUGGGGUGUCGAGGUCCUGCACCAGACUUGAUUGGCCGCAUCCAGCGGGGGGAGGUGGAGCUCUGGGUCUGUGUUGAUGAGCACCCUAGGAGACACGCAUGGUCUGAGGGCCUGUCCCCAGAUUGUUCUGAUGUGGGGGACACCAGGGACUCAGUGGCAGAGGAAAGCUGUGUGGAAUCAUUCCCUGGACCAGGCCUUUGCCUGCAAGCAGCAGGUUCCAUGAAGCUGAGCAGAGCUGAGUUGCAGCCUCGUGGGGAAGAACUUGCAAACCUGGGGCUGAUUCCAGCCAGAAACCAGCUCCUUAGGCAAUGGGGACAGAGAGCAGCUGAGCCACAGAAGAGCCCUGUGUGCCAGGAAGGAUUUAAGGAGCAGAGAGACCUGAAGAGCCAUGAGGGCAGCACUGUCCAGGCAGAGGCCUUGUAUAUCUGUGGAGAGUGUGGCAAGAGCUUUUGGGGCCAACAAGAGCUCCAGGCGCACGAUGCCACCCAUGUGCGGGAGCUAGCCUACCCCUGCCUUGAGUGUGGAAAGAGCUUCCGCUACAAAUACUGUCUCAUAGACCACCGGAGAACACACUCAGGGGAGCACCCCCACAUCUGCCAGGACUGUGGGAAGAGCUUUCCCCGCCCAUCCCAUCUCCAAGUUCACCGGCGCAUCCACACUGGGGAAAAGCCGUAUGGCUGCAAAGAGUGUGGGAAGAACUUUGCACAGAGGUCUUCUCUCACUAAGCAUUGGCGUGUGCACAGCACAGAGAAACCCUAUCAUUGCAGUGACUGUGGGAAGAGCUUCAACGACCCAUCUUACCUCCAUGUCCACCAACGUCUGCACACAGGGGAGAAGCCCUACAUCUGUGGGCAGUGUGGGAAGAACUUCUACCACACAUCCCACCUCAGAAGCCACCAGCGCCUGCACACGGGGGAGAAGCCCUAUGGCUGUGGGCAGUGCGGUCACCAUUUCAGGCACAGAACAUCCCUCAUUGAACACCAGCGCUUGCACACGGGGGAGAAGCCAUACCUCUGUGUCCAGUGCGGGGUGAGCUUCCGGCAUAGCUCAUCUCUCACCAAGCACCAGGGGACCCAUAGGCCAGACCCUCACCUUUGACAGGGAUCCUUUACCACUUCUUGUCUUACCCUCCCCCUUGCCCCCGUGGGGGGGGGGGGGGGGGGGGGGCAGGGAAUUGGCCUGGCCUGAAAUGCCCCCAAAGCUCCAUUCCCCAGGUGCUGGGUUUGCACUGUCCUCGAAGAAGGGAGCGGUCUCCUAAAUGAGCUUUAGUUGGGGUUAUAGCCUGCAGCUGAGACAGAUGAAACAAGUGAGCUCAGAGCUGUUCUUCAGGGGGCUCAAGUUUUUCUUAAGUAGGUUGCCCUUGUUGCUUUUAAGGGCCCCUUUCAGUGUUGCAUCUUAGCACUGACUGAGGUGGGGGCAGAGUCUUUCUUUUACUACCGCAUAUACUUAAUUCAAAGAUGAGGUUUCUUCCCCCCAUUUGACAUGAUAGAGUGGGGCCGGGGAAUCCCUCAUCUCUUAGAAUUACUUACAGCAGUGGGGGUGGCUGCUGUGGCUCAGGCUCCUGCUGCAGCUGCUACUUGUGUCUUCUACCAUCUCCGCACCCUGCAGCAGUGUGAAGGAUGGAUUCAAGAUGACCCUCCAAGAAUUAGAAUGUGUACAUGGAAAAUAGUAACAAAUUUAUACAUUUUCCAUGUAUAGAAUCAAAUUAUGGGGGGGAGGGUCGUCUUGGAUUCAAGUAAAUACGAUAUUUGCUGGGGCUCUUUGGAAUAUAGUGUGUGUAUUUUGUGGGGGGAGUUAAGUGUGCUUUUUGCAGAGUCGGGUGACCACUGCCCCUCAUUUUCAGGAGAAAAGGUACAGGCUUGAAUGAAGAGGUGGUGAGAAGAUGGGAAUUAUCCAUUAGGGUUGAGGUGGGUGGUGGCGGGGGGGUAUUGGGGAGAUUUCUUGUCUUUGGAUGCCAGUGGUGGCUCCACUGUGUGGUUGAAAUUAGGAGGGGCUUGCUUAUUGGGGGGGAGGGGGAAAAUUGGGAUUUCUCAUGUUGUAGAUUACUGUCUGGGGAAUCUCGUCUCUUGGUUGUUUAUUGUAAGCUACUCUGAGUCUUUUGGCCAGGGCAGUGUGUAAAACUAAGAAAUAAACAGAUUCAUUGCUGUGGUCCCUUCUCCUAAGUGGGGAUAUUUUCCCAUGAGUCACUGCCAGGAAAAUAGCUUCCCCAGCAGAGACUCAGGCCACUUGCAUUAUACUUUCUCUUAGUGUAGUGAUGAUGGCAGCUGCUGCUGCGCACCCCCCCCCCCUUGCCCCCGUAGGUACAGCCUGUGCCAAUAGAAGCAGUAGCUAUGUCUACACCAGGCACUUUGCUGAAGCACCUGGGGCACGGGAAGUUUCAUAUCCCUUCCUGGUCUAGUCACACUGGUAAAACCCUAUGUCUUUAGCACCUGUUGCACACUACUUUGCCUUCACAAUCCCCUCACAAUGUCCCUGAACUUAAGCUUCUGCCCCAGCACCCCUGACCCACACUAUCCAAACCUUCACAGUAUCUUUCCCUCUGUCAGAGGAUCCCCGGUUCCCUUCACAGUCCCUGUUCCCCAUCAAAGUCCAUCUCCGCUUCCUCCAGCAUCCCCUGUCCACCCCUUCAUCUGAAGGAGGAGACAGCAUAAGGCCAGGAUUGGAUAAAUCAUAUAAAUCCUAGAGAAGUGGGGCUGGAAGACACCUCUAGAGGUCACAUCUAGUCCAACCCCUGGCCUGACACAGGAUCAGCCCUGACCAACCAUCCCAAACAAAUCUGUGUCCAACCUGUUACACAGGCGACCCUGCCACACAGCCACAGAGCACAGUGCCCUAACCUGCCACAGGUAAAGCAGGGGGACCCAGGUACCAUUCUGGGCUCAAUGUAGGGCAGAAAAAGGUGCUGUUCUCUUACCUUGUGGACUUGGAGGUGGCAUUCAAUGUGCGAUGCCUUAUAGCUCAGGGUUGAGAAAACUGGCCUUGUAAGCCAGGGGUUCAUAAUAUCAUAAAUGGGGCUGGAAGGCACCCCCAGAGGUCACAUCUAGUCCAGCCCCCUACCUGAGGCAGGAUCAGCCCUGUCCAAACCAUUCCAGACAAAUUUAUGAUCUAAGUCCAAAUCUCUUAGUAAAACUACCAUCAAAGCCUAGCACAACACAAAACAUAUAACACCUGCCACAGGUAAAGCAGGUGAACCACAGCAAAUAAGAAGUAAAGAUCCUCAGUAUGUUGGAAUCUCAGUUUAACAUAAUGAGGUAUUUAAGCCUCAUAGACACAAAAGAGAAGCUUUAAUAUGUGAUGCAGGUGUACAUGGGGUGGAUGUCAACAUCUUGAAAUGAUAGUCUUGGAUGCGAACUGCAAUCUCAAUUUAGUAGGAUGUUAAAUCCCCAAAAUCCUUUUUUCUCUGAGGACAAAAUCACCAAUGACCUCUCUAAGGGAGGGAAAAAAUAUCAGUCUAGUCUGUCUACCCAAGUAAUUCACCAGAAUCUAAUGCAAGUCCUGCCUGACUCCACUUCCACAUGCAGAAAGGGAAAGACUAUGCAGUGCCCCCCAGCUCUGUGGAAGAUGGAAUCAUAGAAAAUGAGGGUUGGAAGGGACCCCAGGAGGUCAUUAUUCUAGUCCAACUCCCUGCUCCAAGCAGGACUAUCCCCAAUUAGACCAUCCCUGCCAAGGUUUCAUCUGCCUGGGUCUUAAAAGCUCUUAAGGAUGGAGAUUCCACAACCUUUCUGGGUAACUGGUUCCAGUGCUUUUCUACCCUCCUAGUGAGAGAGUUUUUCCUAAUACCUAACCUCAACUUCCUUUGCUGCAACUUAAGAUCAUUGCUCCUUGUUAUAUGCCACCAGAACAGUCCAGCUCCAUCCUCUUUGUAAACACCUUACAGCUAGUUGAAGGUUGUUAUUCAGUCCCCCCUCAAUCUUCUCUUCUCCAGACUAGAUAAGCCCUCCAACAAUAUAAGGGGUUACUAGUCAUCCCCACUUCAAGUCAGGAAACAGGGUGAUGGGAAUAAAGUAACAGGAAACCUCAUGUGACAAUGUACUUAAAGAAUGUAGGUCUCUACAGAACAGGUUUGGUAGCAAUACUCCUACCUAGAUGUUUAAAUCUUUAAAGAGCUGUCUGCAUUUCUUAGCUUGUCUAUAAGAUGCUAGUAUGAGAAACUGAUAUUGUUACAUACAUUACAUAUCAAUUGUGUGUGAUGUAUUUAAUUGUAAAUGCUAGGGUGUUGUUAUAUGUUACCUUACAUUGUGUUAAGGGUUCUUAAAACAGGAACAUCUGCACAUUCAGGUAGGAAAACAGGCUAGGGCAGGGGUGGGCAAAAUACAGCCCACGGGUCAGAUCUGACCCAUCAAAGCAUUUUGUCCAGCCCAAAGCAGGUCCCUGGCUCCAGCUGGCUCAGGCACAGGGGAUAAUCCAGGCCAUGAUGUGCAGCUGGUUCCAUUGCUCCUGGGUGUGUAGUGGACUGGGGCAGCACAGAGGC